AUGGCAUUAUUCAGCGACGGCAACGCUGCAGUGUAUGUCAAUGAUCAUAUUGUGGAGUGGGACUCUAUGCCGCAGACCGAUGUUAAAGGGGACGGUGAUAUUAGUGCUAGUAUCUGGUUCGGUAGCAUCGCUGCACCACCUGGCAUGGUUACCAUUGAUUUAUUUGUUCAUGAUUCAUUGAUGACGGCCCGCAAAACCCUGGACAUCACUACAUCAUGUGAUGGGGGCUUCAACAACUUCAAUGCAUGGGUAGGAAGCGUUCAAGGGUCGUGGUAUGGUCCGUCCUCUACUUCAGUCAACUUGAAAGAGCAGGUGUGUGUUAAAGGGAAGGGUGCCUAUGACUUUAAUGCCCUUUGCUCCUUUACUUGCUCCUAUGGGUAUUGCCCUGUCAGCGCAUGCACCUGCGAGCAGAUGGGUGUUGCCUUUACUAAGCCUAAUGCAACAGGAACGACAGGCUACCCAGCAGAAGGGAAAGAUGCCAACUACAAGGGCCUAUGCAGCUUUGCCUGCAACUACGGCUAUUAUCCAUCCAGGAGAUGUGACACGACAGAACAUCCCAUGCCAGUGCCAACAGUCUCGGACUUCCUGCCGCCAGCCUGCGUUGCUGGCACUGGAGACGGCGCAGUCCUCGGAUUGUAUUCAUAUGUAUGUAGCUUCGGCUACUGUCCUAUCAAUCUUUGUACCUGCACCAAAACAGGCCCUCUUGUGCAACCACCGGCCCAGACUGAGAGUGCUAGUAUGGCCGCUCCCGGCCAGCCUAAGAAGUUUGACAACCUCUGUGACUUCACUUGCAGCAGAGGCUACUGUCCACCUGGAACCUGCAUAUCAGAGGCGGAGCAGAAGAUUACAGAGGCGGAGCAGGAGAUUAUGGAGGCAAUUGCCGCGAGUGGUUAUAAUACUUCCAACUUCACCAACUUUAAUCUUACCAUCCUAGGGACAGCACUGAUUAGCAAGGAUGGGUGCACCCCUCUCCAGAAACAGCAGAUCAAAUCAGGCUGGGUGGAGUCCUGGGAGAUUAUGAAUUACAUGUAUAAGGUGGCCAAGGCUGGCAUUAACUUCAACGAGGCCGCUGCUGUCGAGUACCUGGGGCCACCAUCAAUGAAUCAGGACCAGUGGAGCAACUACAAGGCUAUAUAUCUGAACCUUGCUACCAUCCAGCCCGGCUGGAGGAUUCUCGACCCGUUCGACUGGUUCGCCUGGAAGAUUGCGGUCCGGUGCAAUGACCCACGGUUACAAUGCUCAUGCGGGAGAGACGUCAACACCAUUACCUACACGGUGCAGAAGGACCCCAAACACCAGGUCACAGCCAUAAACUUUUGCCCGCAGUACUUCUCGUUGCAGACGCUAAAGGACACAAUGUACUGGGCAGACACCACGCACACUCCCCAGGAAUACUCUGACCUGAAUAACUACUACAACAAUCAGGCCCUGGUGUGGAUACAUGAACUACUACACAUCAACUGGGUGUCGACAGCCGACAGCAGUGAAAAUAAUAUUCACCAUGUCUCUGACAUCAAGGUGGGAUACGAGGAAGGGAACAAGGGCGCCAUGAGGUACUACACUGCCUACGGGCCGCGGAUGUGCAAAGCACUGGCGCGCUUGGGAUGGGCCACAGGCCUAUGGACCAUUCAAAACGCCGACAGUCUGACCUUGUAUGCCUUCGCCAAGUACGUCCAGAACGCGCUUGGCAAGAUCUACCCGCAUCUCCCCCUGGCGCCAGCGGCCCCCAAAAGCGCGAGAAUUCCUUUUGAGAUCAACGGCCUUUUCACACUCUAUAAUAACGGCACUGGUGAACGGGUCUUGAACACAACCCUCAACAACAAGUUGGAGUGGAGUCUAAGUCAGGGGGUCUGCGCUGCUACCGAUGAUGACGAUGGUGAUGAGGCCGCCAGUGCCGUGAUGACGACUAUGACCACCUGGCCUUUAGUCAUCAUGGGCCAGCCUGACACCCACAACCAUAACCACAGCGGCAACGGCCACCGCAACCGCACUUGGACUAUGAGCAUCUACAGCGAGGUAAAUUGUACUGGUGACUCCUAUGUGGUGGAGGGUCAGAACCUGGACUCGACAAGCGAUCAGUGCCUGGUGAUCGCCGAUCUUGGCACGUCCGACAAAGGCACGAGCGCCUCCUGGAAGUGGUACACUGCUGGCAGCGAUCUGUACAUCUCGUGCGAUCAGAGCACGCUGACCGAGCCCCUGCCAUGGCAGCUGACGGGGACCGGCGUUGUCUGCACAGCAUAUGACAACAGUAGCUUCAACGACGAUGGGAGUCAGGAUGCGUACACGGCCAAUGAAGGCUGCCAGAAAGUUGGAUAG